AUGAGGAGAGUUGCUCUGUUUCUGCUACUGACUGGGCUGUUCGCCAGUGGACAAGACUGGCAUAACAACUAUGAUGAGCCUCUCAACUUUCAGUGCCCUCCAGGAGAGUCUAUAUCCUCCAUCAGCAGCUAUCACAACAGUUAUCAUGAGGACCGACGUUGGAAAUUUAGCUGUAAACCCACCUUCAGCUGGGGUACAGACUGUUUCUUGUCACCUUAUGGCAAUGACUUUGAUGAAACGUUCAGCUUCGAGUGUCCACCGCACCAUGUGAUCGCAGGAAUAAGCAGUUACCAUAAUAACUAUCAUGAGGACAGACGGUGGCAGUUUUACUGCUGUAGAAGUAAAUGCACUUCUGAGGUCAGGGGUCAUUGUCAUUCUGGCUGUCAGUGGACUUCAUACGUGAACUCCUUUGAUGAGUACUUCUUCUGGACUGUGCCUAUCCAGAGAGUUCUGGUGGGGACUGGAAGCUACCAUGAUGAUUUUCAUGAAGAUCGCCGAUGGAGGUACAAGUACUGUCUCCAACAAUCAUGUUAA